GCCGUCUAUCGCGUGUGGUGAGAAAAGCGUCAUGUUGCAUAAUUACCAUUUUCAUCUGUUUACCCUUUCCAUUAGACCCACGAUCACCGCUCAGAUGGUGGGUUGCCCAUACCCACUGCAUCCUAUCAAAGCAUGCAUGACCUCCUCCCAGUUCAAGGUGUACAAUGUUGGCCUCCCAUCCGUUUACCCCGGCACGGGUAUGGGGCGUGGGUGUAUAAAUAUAAGAGAACGCCCGAUGCAACCAAGCAGUAAGUUCCUAUCGUUCGGGUGCAUUCUCCACCAAAAAUAACGGGUGUGUCAGUAACAGAGAAGUGCAUUCUCAAAUUGCAUCGGAAAAACGAAACCUUUAAAAAAUCAAACCUUCAACAAGAUGAAAGUGCUGGUAUCCAUGCUUUUGGUGGCGUCGGUGUUUGGUGUUAUUCUAAGUGCUCCCUUAGAUGAACAGCAACAGACUGUUGCGGUUGAUGGUGCAGAAAAGCGUCAGGAAAAGCGUGGCAUUGGACUUGCCUACAACGGACUGUCAGGCUUUGGUGCGUAUGAUACAUCACUCGGGCUGGCUGGCUAUCCUGCCACCGCUUACAUCACACCGACCGUAAUCAAGUCCACGUACACCGUUCCGGUGGCAGCGACGUACCAUACGGCAGCCUACGAUGCGGCCCACAGUAAGUUCGCCUACGGUGGUUUCUAUCCGGCCAGCUACGGUGGGUACAGUACGGGAGGAUACGGUGCAUUCGCAGCUCCGGCCAGUUACAGCAAGAUCGUCCAUCCGGCCACUAGCACAUACACGAAGGUUAUCCAAACGUAUCCGUCAGCGACGCUAGUUGCGGCCGGUACACCGGCUGUCGCAGGCUACACUGGAGUGGGCAGUCUUGGGGGAUACGUUUACUAGUGAGUAGGCAAAAAUGAAGUCGAGCGUGAAUGGAACACCGUGGGCAGAUUCGGAAUAGAGGCUUACAAUGCUAUCUGGAAAUAAAAUCACAUCAAAAGUGGAUCAAGUUCA